CCCGGACCCGUCAAAGUAGCUGCACGCAACACCCCAGAAACGAGGCUGGAAUGGAUCGGCCGGUCGAAGUUCCUGAAGCGGGCGAUGGUCAAGAAUGCAGUAGACUUGUGUUUUCGGACAUGGCGGCUCCCCCAUGCGUGAAGUGCGAAGGCAUCGAUGUAUAUAAGUCGCUAGAAGUGACAACGGUCUCAUCCCUUGUCUCACAAUCCUAGACAUCGUGUUUGGAUCCCUUGAUAACAAGCAUAUCACAACCCCCGUCUUCUAUAUAGAUAUCAUAAUAUCCACCGAUACCCCUUUGUUUUUUCUGUUCCAGCCCAAUUCGAAUCUCCAAGUACCUAUCGUUAUUUUUCCUUUCUUACUCCAACGAUGAAGCCCUCUCUCCUCCUCCUCGGAGCCGCCCUGGGCGCCAUGGCUGUUCCUCAUGGAGGCGGCCGCGUCGUGCGCGACAGUCCUUCAAUCUCCGAUAGCGUCAGCCCCAGUCCCAGCCCCAGCGCCACGCCCACGCCGGUUCAAGCCAGCAGUGCGACUCCCAGCAGUGCGACUCCCAGCAGUGCGACUCCCAGCAGUGCGACUCCCAGCAGUGCCUCUCCCAGUAGCGCAACCCCCAGCAGCUCCCCCGUGACUGUCGCGCAACCGACGGGGUCGCCAGCCAGUUCGAAACCGGUAAGCUGAGAUGAGAUGAUCACGCCAAUAUGCUUCGUAGACUGACAGAAUCGCAGAAGAAUUCCGUCCUGUCCAAGGUAAGUCAUUAAAGGUCCAAUUCCACUAUCGUUACCCCUCUCGAUAGAUGCAUCUAUCUACAUUUGUGAAUGUAGUAGAGUGCUCUAGAUGGACAUGCUGCAUCGAUUACCAUGGAAACGUGAGAGCUGAUCAGAUGUCGUUGAUGGAAUGCAGGUGACGGGGCUGUUAGAUGUGGUAAGUUUUCCUCUCCCUUUCUUACCUCCAUUGCACAUCCAUGGCGUAUGAAAGACUCUGGGGUGAUUGACCACUGCUCGAUGAUAAAAACAGCUCGGAUCGAUAGUUGGUGCCUGAGAA